AUGAGCUUGAAAAUGCUAGGGUUCAACAAGGGCCCUGAAGAAAAAGAAGCAGGCGAUGCUAUGGAGCGCAGCAGGCGUGCAGAUGAGGCGCUACGGCGCCAGAAGGACGUCGGGGUCAAGAACAUCGAGGUAUACGCGGCGCAGUACGACCACGUGGCGUAUCGCGUGGCGCUGUUCUUCUCGCUGUUCCUGAUCGCGUACGCGUACCGUCUGGACGGGCUGGUGCGCAGCAAGCUCGAGGCGUACGCCACGGACUCGUACGGCAACCACUCGCUGCUGUCGACCGUGAACUGUAUCAAGACGGUAAUGGCCGCGGGAGGCAUGGUCGCGUACGCGCGGGCGUCGGACAUGUUCGGCAGAAUGGAGAUGCUGGCGAUCUCGAUCGUGCUGGUGGUGGUGGGCACGAUCGUCGAGUGUCAGUCGGACACGGUGUCCAAGUUCGCGACGGGCGCGUGUCUGUAUCAGCUGGGCAAGGCCGGGCUGGCGCUGAUCCUGCAGGUGAUCGCGGUGGACUUCUCGAACCUGAACUGGAGAAUGGUCGCGCUGUACGUGCCCGCGCUGCCCACGAUCAUCAACACGUGGGUCUCGGGCGACGUGAUCAGCGCCAUCGGCAGCGACUGGGAGUGGGGCAUCGGCAUGUGGGCGUUCAUCAUCCCGCUGUCGUGUAUUCCACUUUUCUGCUGCUUGGUUCAUAUGAGGUACCUCGCGCACAAGCACGCGCCCGAGCAGCUGGGCAAGCAGCGCCAGCUCUACAGCAUGGCGUCAUGGUCCGAGUACCUUAUCGAGGUUUUCUUCUGGCGUCUGGACUCCGUGGGGCUGAUUCUUGUGGUCGGCGCUCUCGGCUGCGUGUUGGUGCCCUUCACGCUGGCCGGCGGCCUGUCCGACAAGUGGCGGACCGCGCAGAUCAUUGUGCCCGAGGUCAUCGGCUGGUGCGUGGCGCUGCCGCUGUUCGUGCUGUGGGAGGCCAAGUUUGCUAGGUUUCCGCUGACGCCACGCAGCGUACUCAAGGACCGCGGUGUGAUCGCGGCGCUGGUCAUCGCCUUCCAUAUCCACUUCUGCGUGUACAUGCAGGCUGAUUACAUGUACACGGUGCUUGUCAUCGCCGUGCACGAAUCCGUGAAGGCCGCGCAGCGCAUCACCACGCUCUUCAACUUCGUGUCCAUCAUCACCGGCACGCUGCUCGGGUUUGUCAUCGUGUAUGUCAAGAGAACCAAGAAGUUUAUUCUGUUCGGUGUGUGUGUCUGGUUUGUGGCCUUCGGCCUCCUGGUGCACUUCCGCGGCGACGAGAGUUCCCACUCCGGCAUCAUCGGCGCCUUGUGUCUGCUGGGUUUCGGAGGCGGUUUCUUCAACUACUCCGCCCAGGUUUCCAUGCAGGCAUCUACUGCCGCGCACCAGGACUUGGCGGUUGUCACUUCGCUGUAUCUGGCGUGCUACAACAUUGGCUCCGCUUUCGCAUCUGCAAUUUCAGGCGCGAUCUGGACCAACGUGCUACCAAAGGAGCUGAACAAGAGAAUCACCGAGAAGCAGGUUGCUACGCUCGCUUAUUCGUCUCCUUUCAAAUUUAUUAUCAAGUAUAAAUGGGGCACUCCUCAGAGAGUUGCCGUCGUGCAUGCCUACCAGAAAGUGCAGAGGAUUUUGUGCAUUGUGCCGCUGUGCUUCUGCGUAACUCUUCUCAUUGCGGCUUUCCUCUUACGGGACAAAAAGCUGAGCGAGGUUGUCGCUCUGGGAGAGCUCGAACAUGGCCAUUCCGAGUCCGCGUCUUCUACCGGAGAUGCAGGGGCCUCUCACGAGCUGAGUUCCACGGAAAAUGAGCUUCACAAUGAGUCUGAGAAAUCUUCUAACACCAGAGUCCAGAACAACCCUGUGACCGCUUGA